AUGCUCCACAGUCAGAAUCAUGACAAACUCUACCAACGCCUCGCACACCGGAAGCGUAUAAAAUCCACAUCGAAAACAUGGACAUGUACGAACCCACUCCUCCUCCGCUCCCUCCGACACCAGCAACCCCUUUACGAACCCCUCGCACACAUAUCUUACAUCCGCCUCCUCGCCCUCCACCCAGGCAAACCCGGCAAACCUCUAAAAUGCACCCUCCACCCGACUAACCUCUCCCCCUCAACACCCCCCUACGAAGCCCUCAGCUACGUCUGGCACCUGCACCCGGGCCUCGCGCCCAUCACCUGCAACGGCCACACGAAACUCGUACCCGCGAACCUGCACUCCGCCCUGGAACGGCUCCGCCAUCCAGACAAAGCCCGCCUCCUCUGGGUCGACAACCUGUGCAUCGCGCAGGACGACGCGGUGGAGAAGACUCACCAGGUGCGCCGCAUGAACGUCGUCUACCGCCGCGCGGCGCGCGUCCUCGUCUGGCUGGGCGAGGACGAC